UUUGUUGGCAGGAAGUCAGUGAAAAUCUUCAUGCCUUCGGGGGAUGGUUUGGAAUCUCUCUCACCUUACAUUCUCCUCCCCGACUUUCAGCGCCGCGUUGCCAGUGACAGAAUGCAAAACUGACUGAGAGAGUUUCUAAAACAAGGACUGGACAGCUUUUGUUGUUUUGUUUUCAUUUUGCACAAGCAGCAGGGAUUUAUAUUGAAGUUGAAUGUCGAGUAGGUUUCUCUCUCUCUUCCUGAGUCUUCUGUAAAGAGCUGGAAUUAAUCCUGACAAGAUGUCAUCCUCAAAUGAUUGUGGAGCCUCUUCAUGGGAACUUAAUGUUCAGGUGGAUCAGCCAAAUGAAGAUACACCUUUGGAGUUUAAUUUGAGAGUAACAGGGGACUUUCAUGUUGGAGGCGUCAUGCUAAAAUUAGUGGAGCAAAUUCCAGUACCUCAGGACUGGUCAGACUAUGCUCUUUGGUGGGCAAAGAAAAAAUGCUGGCUUCUGAAGACACAUUGGACUCUGGACAAAUAUGGAAUCCAGGCUGAUGCUAAAUUGUUGUACACUCCACAACAUAAAUCAUUAAAAUUGCAGCUACCCAAUAUGAAGACAGUAAGGUUAAAAGUUAGUUUCUCAUCUGUGGUCUUCAGGGCCGUUAUUGAUAUCUGCAAGACUCUGAAUAUUCGUAGGCCGGAGGAACUUUCCCUGUUGAGACCACGAGAUAACAUUUCAAAAAAAAGGAAAGAGAAGAACAGUAAGCAUGCUGUUGAAGAAGAUAUUCUCGACUUGGACCAAGUGGCAGUUUCUCCAGGAUCAAUAGCAAGUCCUGGUCUGUACAGCAAGACGAUGACUCCCAUAUAUGACCCUGUCAACGGAACACCUGUCUCUUCUACAAUUACAUGGUUCAGUGAUAGUCCUCUAGCUGAACGCAACUGUAACGUCCUGGCUGUUAGCCAGCCGAUUCUUACACCAGAGGCUCUGGCCAAAAUGUACCGGCCACAGAAUCAAGUGGACAAAGCAGAGCUUAAUGCCGGAUGGCUAGAUUCAUCACGUUCACUGAUGGAACAAGGCAUCCAGAAGGAAGAUAAGCUACUGUUGCGUUACAAGUACUACAGCUUCUUUGAUCUGAACCCGAAAUAUGAUGCGGUCCGAAUAAACCAGCUAUAUGAGCAAGCACGGUGGGCAAUUCUGCUGGAGGAAAUUGAUUGCACUGAGGAAGAAAUGUUAAUAUUUGCAGCAUUGCAGGGCUUAGUUGUUACUGAUCACUCGUCCAGUGAUUCUAACAUGAUGCAGCCAUCUUCAAAAUAUGUACAGGUUGCUGAAUUUAACAAGAAGAUCUCUUAA